CACUUCGCAUUUCGUUAUAAAGUCGCGGUCAGAGGCCGGACUUUGGCGAUACAUAGAUAUUCAUAUAGUAUAUUCGUAUCUGUGUAAAACUUUACUCUCCUGUGGAUCUCUUCAGAAAUUUAGGGCUUAUCUUCUCUCUGACCAAAGAUGAGUCUAUCUGUUGUUCAAGGUUUCACCAAGUCCCUAGCCAUGACUGUGCUGUCCGAGAUCGGUGACAAGACCUUCUUUGCGGCAGCGAAAUGUGAUUCAGAAUGCUAUUCGGAGAAUAAGUAUCAAUAUAUAAAGUGGGCGGGGGAGAAUAUUAAGAUCUUGGCAAUGCGGCAUCCUCGGAAACUUGUCUUGUCAGGCUGCAUGGCAGCUUUGAUUGUGAUGACUAUUCUCUCUGUUCUUGUUGGCUGGGCUGCUCCAAAUCUGAUUUCUCGUAAAUGGACUCAUCACAUAACUACUUUGUUGUUUUUGGGAUUUGGGCUAUGGUCUCUAUGGGAUGCAUUUAAUAACGACGGGGAGGAUGAUGAAUUUGCCGAAGUUGAAGCGAAAUUGGAUGCUGAUUGGAAAGCUAAUACAGGAACAAACAAAGAGAGCAACAAGGAUGAUGAUGAAUCGAAAAAGCAGAGGCGGCCAUUUCUUAAUCAGUUCUUCACACCCAUCUUUUUGAAGGCAUUUUCCAUAACCUUUUUUGGUGAAUGGGGAGACAAGAGCCAGCUUGCUACCAUCGGUUUGGCUGCAGAUGAGAACCCGUUUGGUGUUGUUCUUGGUGGAAUCAUAGGACAAGCUAUUUGUACCACUGCUGCCGUGAUGGGAGGAAAGAGCUUGGCAUCUCAGAUAUCCGAGAGAAUAGUUGCACUCUUUGGUGGUGUUCUUUUCAUUAUUUUUGGAAUCCAAUCCUUCCUUGCCACGGUCGAGUCAUGAUGUUUGUAACAUUGUGACUCUUAUCUCUGGUUGAUUGGUUGCAUGCGGAGAAUGAAAGAUGACAGUGAACUAAAAAACAAUUACAUUCGACAGAGUGAGAUUUCUCUUCCAUUUGCCAAAUCCAAGGCCAUUAUGAUCAUUAUAAAGAACAAUAAAGUGGUCACAGAAAAUUGAUUCGCAAAGCUAUAGUGUAUUUUACAUGAUCAAGGCUUUGCCUUGUACAUUAGUUAGCAUCUUAGUUUCUUAAACUUUUUUGUUUUUUUUUUUAAUUCAUGUGUGACAUAUCCAGGCAUCAAUUCCAUGAACACAUUUUCACCAUUUUUAUUAUUUCUCCGUGACGAUUGGCAUAUUUUCAUUUUGAAACAUAUUGUAAUUAUGUUUACCUAAGCAUUCAAGUAUUCAACUGACUAAUGCUUUUAUUA